UCGACUUUACGAGACUGGCAACAGUGGCAACACCGCGCCAGUCUGAAAAUACAUCAGCAGGCAAGAACGAGUUCAAAGGCUGUUUGCUUAGUGGUGCAUCAUAAUUUUUUGAAACAGCGAGUGUUACAAAGUCCAAAGUUUCUUAUUUUUGCGCUAACAAUUAUCCAGAUGUCCCUUCUGCAACAGAUUCAAAGAACCCUAUUGAGGGUAGGAAAUAUUAGGUCGGCUAGUGCAGCACAAAAAUGCAUGGCAAGUUCGUCACCAAAUGGAUACAAUUUUGAGUUGAAUGACACUCAGAAGGAAUUCCAAGAACUAGCUAGAAAGUUUGCAAGAGAGGAAAUAAUCCCCGUCGCUGCUGAGUACGAUCGCACUGGAAAAUACCCGUGGGAGGUUAUCAAGAAAGCUCAUUCUUUGGGUUUAAUGAAUGGACACAUUCCGGAAGAAUACGGCGGAAUGGGUUUCGGAGUAUUCGAUUCGUGUCUCUUAGCAGAAGAACUGGCCUAUGGUUGUACCGGAAUGAUGACGGCCAUGGAAGCCAGCGGAUUAGGGCAAACUCCAGUGUUGGUGGCGGGCAACGACUCGCAGAAGAGAAAGUACCUGGGGAGGCUGAUCGAGGAGCCUCUAAUGGCGGCGUAUGCCGUGACAGAACCAGGAGCAGGGUCUGACGUCAACGGAGUGAAAACCAGAGCCGAGAAGAAGGGCGACGAGUGGAUCCUGAACGGGCAGAAGAUGUGGAUCACCAACGGUGGCGUUGCUAAUUGGUACUUCGUUUUAGCUCGUACCAAUCCGGAUCCCAAAGCGCCCGCUAGCAAAGCCUUCACGGGUUUCAUCGUCGAGAGGGAUUGGGAGGGGGUGACUCCGGGCAGGAAGGAAAUAAACAUGGGACAAAGAGCCUCAGACACCAGGGGAAUUACGUUUGAGGAUGUACGUAUUCCCAAGGAGAACGUCCUGCUCGGUGAAGGGGCCGGAUUUAAGAUCGCAAUGUCGACGUUCGACUCGACCAGGCCUCCGGUCGCUUCCGGAGCCACCGGCCUGGCGCAACGCUGCCUGGACGAGGCCACCAAAUACGCCAACGAAAGGAAGACGUUCGGAGUCCCCAUCGCCCACCACCAAGCGGUGGCCUUCAUGCUCGCGGACAUGGCCAUCGGAGUGGAGACCGCCCGCCUGGCUUGGAUGAAAUCCGCUUGGCAAGCGGACAGGGGGAUAAGGAACACCCUGGCGGCUUCCGUGGCCAAAUGCUACGCGUCCGAUAUAGCCAACAAGUGCGCCACCGACGCGGUGCAGAUAUUCGGGGGGAACGGAUUCAACACCGAGUAUCCCGUGGAAAAACUGAUGAGGGACGCCAAGAUCUAUCAGAUCUACGAGGGCACGUCUCAGAUUCAGAGGCUGAUCAUUUCCAGGGCGAUUAUCGAUAACGCCAAGUUGCAGGCCUGAGCGUAGACGGAACGUCGGCAGUUAUGGUCUGGUUUUAAGUGUACGGUGGAGAAAAUCGGCAAAGAUUGAUAUGAGCAGUACAAAUCUAACCUAUAUUUUAUUUUGAGGGGCGGUGUUCAUUUGUCGGUGCUAGUUUUUCCUCUUCUUUAUUUUUUUUUAUUGUAUUAUGAUUGUUAUUUAGAUGUAAAGAUAUUUUAUUUUUUUUUUACAAAUUAUACAAUUUUACAUUCUACAUUUUGUUUUGAACACAAAUAAUUACCGUAGAUGGAAGAUAUUUUAAUAAAAAACAACUUUCUCUAAUUUAA